AUGAGCUUCUUCUCGUUUGGUGAUCUUCCCACGAUCCAGACUCGCAAGGCCCUGCUGCUCCUGGACUUUCAGAAUGACUUUGUUCGCCCGUCGGGGGCCCUGCAUGUCCCCAAUGCGGCUGACAUCCUCGAGGUAUUACCCUCGCUCGCCUCCGCAUUCCGCCGUGCCGGCGAUGUGAUCUGGGUGCGUUCGCAGUAUGAAUCUCCUCAGGAGAUGACCGACUGGAACUUCGGGGAUCGCGUGGUUUUGGAAACAGAGCCUCCGAAACAAUUACCGCCUCCAACCUUCGAUGUGAUUGAAGCUGGUUCGGAUCGUGAUUCUCCAGAACCUAUCGACCCCGAAGCUUUCCUUUCCGCCCAAUCCGCCUUCUGUUGUGUCGCGCAGUCUCCCGGAUUCCAAUUCCCAGCUCCGAUUCUCGCGGCUAUCGAUCCGGACCGGGAUACCGUGCUGGACAAGACGGGGUACUCGGCGCUGGAGUCCGAAGGCCUCGUCUUGUCCUUUCGUACUCGGUUCAUCACGGAGUUGUAUCUAUGUGGCUCACUCUCGAAUAUAUCUGUAUAUGCCACGGCGUUGGAUGCAGUGCGUAACGGCUUCUCAGUGACCCUGAUCGAGGACUGUUUAGCAUACCGUGACUUCCAGCGACACCGAGAAGCAAUGCGCCGCAUGGCCGAUAUCCUCGGUGCAACGGGUCUCACAACCCAAGAACUCAUUCAAGAGCUCGAGUGGCAGGAGACGGAUGCAAUCGCUCGGGAUACUUCGACUCGACCGCCCAAGCGAUCGCUAACCGCAGGUGCUCCGGUGGGCAUUGAAGACUUCAUGGACAGCUUGGGAGUCAUGCCCGAGGAACCAGCGAUCGAAGAGGCUGCAGAAGCGGACGAAGACGGCCGCAGCCUUUCUGAGCUCGCAUCUCAAACCCGAACCCAGCGACUUACUACUGCCAGAGCGAGAGCUUCGGGUGAAGGACAGAAGCAAGUUCGCGUGCGAGUCCGCCGCCCCAAACGUCGUGAACCAGCCUCAGAUUCAGACAAAGUAGGUCGACAAGGAGAAACACCGCAGAAUAGUGUUGGUGAAGGCGACUCUCGCCUCAUUCCCGAGAUCGAUCUGAGCACGGAUGCUUUUGAACGUAUUCGGGCUGAAGUAUGCUGGCAGAAAAUGUAUCAUCUGUCUGGCCAGGUACCUCGAUUGGUGGCCGUGCAAGGUCACAUUCAGCCUGAUGGCUCAAUCCCCAUUUACAGACACCCCGCGGAUGAGUCGCCCCCAUUGAGUGCUUUCACCCCUGCCGUGGAUGAAGCCCGAGUCCUGGUGGAGCGAAUCCUUGGCCAUCCUCUCAAUCAUGUACUUAUUCAGCUCUAUCGAGAUGGGCAAGACUCUAUCUCUGAGCAUUCUGACAAAACUUUGGACAUUGUACGGGGCUCUUUCAUCUGCAAUGUUAGCUUGGGCGCCCAACGUGUCAUGACUCUUCGCACAAAGGCUUCUGCUUCUGAGUCUAGUGCAAAAGCCGAGUCCAGCCGUACCAAGCAGCAAAUACCGCUCCCCCAUCGUUCUCUUUUUAUUCUCGGUGAAAAGACCAAUAUGCGAUGGCUCCAUGGCAUCCGUCCCGACAAACGGCCUGAGUCCACCAAAUCUCCUGAAGAGCGAGCUUUCAACGGCGAGCGGAUCUCUCUUACGUUUCGUCACAUCGGCACUUAUCUUAAUCAAUCCACCAACACCAUCUGGGGCCAAGGCGCCAUGAGCAAAUCACCAGACAUGGCACGACCGGUCAUCCAUGGAGACCCCGAGGAGACUGAGCGGUUGAUCCGCGCAUUCGGUCAAGAAAACCGGGCAACUGAGUUUGAUUGGAAUGCCUUCUACGGCACAGGCUUCGAUGUUGUAAACUUUGUUACCGCAUCUACGAGUAAGAUAGUGCUGAGUGGAGACCUUGUGGCUGAUCUGCGAGUACAGCUUGGGCUAGGGGAGAAUGGCCUCCGAUACGAGAUUGUGGAGGGCUCCGAAGUAGGCAUUCAAGACAUCAACUCAGUCCAACUACCAAUGUACCUUGGUUCCGAAGGAAGGGCCAUUUGCGGUGACGUGGCUAUUUUGACGCACCUGGGUGAGCGACCUGUCGAGGCAGGACGACCGGGUGUGGAUAUCUUGCGGGGUGGCAACGAGCUAGCUUGGAUUGAUGGCUUUUUGGCACGCUGGCGUGAUCAUUGCACCAAUACCUCUGCUGGCCCAUUCGAAGCCAACCUCGAGGACUGUGAGCGCGCAUUGGAGGGAAAGCAUUACCUGGGAGGCUCUGUAUUCACCAUCGAUGACUGCUCGUUCUGGCCCGUCUUGCGGGCGAUGGUACAGGUUCAGGGUCCUUUCGAUGCGCGGUUCGUGAAUCUCAACCAAUAUUACUAUCGUGUUGAGAAACGGGGCAUCGUCCGCGCCAUUUUGGAGGGUUGCCAAUGA